AUGUUCAAGAAAAUUAAUUAUAAAGAGGGUUCUGUUAGUCAAAGUCCCUAUGAUUCUGAUGUCGAACCAAAGGAUGCUACUCCGUUAGGAGAUUUAGAUGGAUCACAUUCCCCAGACGAUUUAACUGAUAUCAAUACAGAUUUAUUAAUCGAUGCCCCAAGACAUGUUAUUAUUAACGUACCUUCUUCACAGAAUUCUACACAUAGUGAAACAAUCAAUAACCAAAAUGAAGGUGAUGAGAUACCAUCAGUUAAGAGAAUACCUUCUUUCAAGAUCAGACCCUUAAGUGAUACACCUAUUAAUAGUAAUUGGGCAUCUCCAAAUGUGUCCGGGAAACCUUCCCCUAUUUCAAGUCACACUGAAUUGAAAGAUUUACCAUCUGAUUCCGAGAUGGAAUAUGAUAGUGAGACACAACGUAAUACUUUAAAAAACCAAAUAAUACCACAUAACGAUGAAAUACACGGUGAUAAUAAUACUAAUAAUGACAAUGUUGAUAGAUUAAUUAAAGAACAUGAUAAUAAAGCUGUAUAUUCAAAGAGACGACCUACUACGAUUGAUGUACCAGGGUUAACUAAAUCUAAAACAUCCCCAGACGGUACUAUUUCAAAUGAGGAUCUGGGUUCUAAGUUAAUUAUUGUUAUGGUGGGUUUGCCAGCUACAGGUAAAUCAUUUAUUACAAAUAAAUUAUCACGUUACUUGAAUUAUUCAAUGUAUUACUGUCAAGUGUUUAAUGUGGGGAAUACAAGAAGAAGAUUUGCUAAGGAACAUGGAUUAUCAGAGCAGGACUCUAAUUUUUUUGAUCCACAUAAUAGUGACUCCACUCAUUUAAGAGAUAAAUGGGCUUUGGAUACAUUGGAUGAAUUGUUGGAUUAUUUAACUAUAGGUCCUGGAUCUGUUGGAAUAUUUGACGCAACUAAUACUACUAAGAAACGUAGGAAAUUAGUACUUGAGAAAAUUCAUAAAAGAAGCGAACAUUUGAAAGUUUUGUUCUUAGAAUCUGUUUGUACGAAUCAUGCAGUAGUUGAGAAUAAUAUUAAACUAAAAUUAUUUGGUCCUGAUUAUAAAGGGAAGAAUCCUGAGGAUUCCCUUAGAGAUUUUAAAGAUAGACUAAAAAAUUAUUUGAAGGCUUAUGAACCUAUUGAAGAUGAUGAGGAUAUUCCAUAUAUUAAAAUGAUAGAUGUUGGCAAGAAGGUUAUUGCCUAUGAUAUUCAGGGGUUUUUAGCUUCACAAACAGUUUAUUAUCUUUUGAAUUUCAACCUUGCAGAAAGACAGAUUUGGAUUACAAGAAACGGUGAAAGUGAAGAUAACAUGUUAGGUAAAAUAGGUGGUAAUUCGAAAUUAACUGUUCGUGGUUUGAAAUAUGCCAAGGCACUUUCGAAAUUUAUUGAUCAGCAACGUAUCUUAUUCUAUAAUGCCCAGAUUGAUAAAAUGAAAUCAUCAAACAAGAUCAAGACUAAAGAUGAUAUUGUCCAAGAAACUGCUACCACAGACAAUGAUACACCACCAAUCCAUGAUUUUUUUGUAUGGACUAGUAUGAGAACAAGAUCUAUUGAAACAGCUCAAUAUUUCAAUGAUGAAGAUUAUCCAAAGAAGGAAAUGAAAAUGUUAGACGAACUUAAUGCCGGUGAUUAUGAAGGUAUGACAUAUCCAGAAAUCCAAAAAUAUCAUGCCGAUGAAUUUGAAAAGAGACAACAUGAUAAGUUACGUUAUCGUUAUCCUGGUACUGCUGGUGAGUCAUAUAUGGAUGUAAUCAACAGAUUGAGACCAGUCAUUACAGAAUUAGAAAGAAUCGGAGAUAGUGCUUUGAUUGUGACUCAUAGAGUUGUGGCCAGAGCAUUAUUAGGUUACUACAUGAAUCUAAGUGUCGACGUUAUUGCGAAUCUAGAUGUUCCGUUACAUUGUGUUUAUUGCCUAGAGACAAAACCUUAUGGGAUUACGUGGAGUCUGUAUGAAUAUGAUAUCGAGACCGACACAUUCCACUUGGUACCAGAAACUGAUUUAAAUACAACCACAGUAGAAGAAGUAGGACUUGUUCACAAGGAGAGGAAAUAUUCAGUAGUGCCAACUGCCCCAACUACAGCAGAUGCAUUCAGAAGUGAUUUCUUAUCUAAACGUAGAGCUAGUAUUAGUUUCUCUGAUUCUGGGGUCCAUUUGGAUAGAGAACCCCUCAAGGUUGAUACCAACCGCAUACCUACCACUGCACCUGGCAAUCUCUUAAUGAACAACAAUAUAAUGCACGCAAAUAAUUCUAAAGAUAUGAAUGACCAUUUUAGAAUGCACAAUCCACCAAAAGAUAUGGCAGGACCUUAUCGUACCCCAAAUAUGAAUGGAAGUAAACCAUCCUUAUUGAGACAAGAUUAUACGGAGGGAAAAAAUGUGCAAUCCUUAUUGAAAAAUCAUACACAAUUGGAUAGUUUAAGGAAUAGGAAAGAUCAUGAGAAUUCUUUCGAGUUAAAAGAGUUAAACGAUAAACUUGCCAAAUUACAAUUUAAUCUGAGUAAAAGACAGGAUUCAGGCAACGGGAAUAAUCAAGAUGAAUCUACGAUCACAAGUCCUACAAGGAUGGAAAGAAGUCAUAGUCAAAGUUAA